GGGUAUUUCAGACUCAAUUUAGAUUAGAUUUAUUCAGUGGUAAAGGAUUAAUAAUGCCCCCCUGCUCUCUUCAGUCUGACAGCACACACCACUAUGAGUCAGAAGCAAAUUUAAAUUAAAAUUGGUAGAACAAUAAUCUUUACAUACUGAUGUUUUGUUUUUUUUUAAUAAAAAAAAACCUCCCGUGGACUGUAGGAGGGGGAGACACGGAAUAGCUUUUAUGCAAAUCAGCCUGUUCAGCAUGUUUCCAUUGGAGAGCAGCGUGGAGGUGUAGUCUGGAAGGCGUGACUUCGUGUCAGUUCUGCUUUAUGAAGAAAGUGCGCUUCUCCUGAGCUCACAGAGGUGCGUCCAGCGUUCAGGAGUCCUCACAACUCUCAGAUUGGAGGUUUCUCCACCCGGGCAGGCAGCGCUCAUUAGGUGUGGAAGAUACUUUUUUUUUUUCCUUUUUUUUUUUUUUUUUUUUUUUUUUUUUUUUAAAUAUUUGAUUUUAAAGUUUGGAGGUACUUUCCAUUUUUCUUUUUGCAAGUGAGGCCCCUUUUUUCCUCCUCUCACUGCAUGAAAUAUAUGUGGCCGCUUGGAGCUGCGUGACGAGGCCACCUUGUUCUAUAUCACACCCUAACUUGGAGUGGUGGUGGUGGUGGUGGGGGGUCUGCACAAUACUCCCCAUGGAUUUCGCCAACGACUUUGACUUCAUGAAGUUCGGCGUCAAGAAGGAGACCAUGCAGAGCCUGGACCGCUCCUUCAUCGGGCCGUGCGGCCAGAUGCAGAGACCGGACUCUGUCUCUUCCACCCCGGGCAGCACGCCUUGCAACUCGGUCCCCUCGUCGCCAAACGUCAACCCGAACGAGCUGAGAACCAACCCCGGGAGCGACCAGUUCUGGAUACCCAACAACAACGGCGGGUACCCUCAUCAGAUGUACCCCCAAGCCUUCGGCCUGACGCCCGAGGACGCGAUGGAGGCCCUAAUAGGGACCACGACGCAGCAGGGACACCCGUCUGCGCCCCACGGCCACCACCCGCAGUCCUACCAGCCGGACUACGACGGCUACGGCCCCCUGAGCGACCCCGUCCAGCACUACCCGGGACUCCCGGGUCACCCCGACAUGCAGGGCAUCCCGGGCAGCCACUGCCAAGACCCCUAUCUGAAAGACGAAAUGGGGAGCGAGUCCCCGGAGUCGCCGGAGGCCCAGCAGGUCCUCGGGGCUCACCACCAGCUCCAGCAGCCGCAGCACGGCCGCCACGACCGGCGGUCCAACGCGGAGAUGCACUUCUCGGACGAGCAGCUGGUCUCCAUGUCCGUCAGGGAGCUCAACCGGCUGCUGCGGGGCCUGAGCAAGGAGGAGGUGAUGCGGCUGAAGCAGAAGCGCCGGACCCUGAAGAACAGGGGCUACGCGCAGUCGUGCCGCUUCAAGCGCGUGCAGCAGAAGCACAUCCUGGAGCACGAGAAGACGAGCCUGGUGACGCAGGUGGAGCAGCUGAAGCACGAACUGAGCAGGCUGGUCCGGGAGAGGGACGCGUACAAACUUAAAUGCGAGAAGCUGUCCGGUGCGAACUGCUACCACGAAACCGGCUCCACCAGCGACAACCCUUCCUCACCAGAGUAUUUAAUGUGAGUUAGUCAUUUAAAACAACAGCAGCAACAAAAUUCAUCCCCAUCAUUGACUGAAAUAAUAGUUUAAAAAACAAAACAAAACAAAAAAAAAACAACUAAUGAAAAUGAGUGGGGCGGAUUGCAGUGAUGCAUGCAUGCUGGUCAUGUAUGAGAUGUUUUUAUUUUAUACUGCCAUAGCUUAGCUGUAUUUUGUCUGAAAGGAAAUACUUGAAAUCAGAUUUGCUUUUAUUAGCAUCCAUGUAAUCAUUUAGUUAAUGGUUAAUUUUUAUUGAGGUGAUUUUUUUUUUCCACUCUGCUUUUCUUUUUAUUGCUCAAAUCAUGGUUUGUGUUUAUGCUUGUUUUUUUUAUUUGUGAGUGGGUUUGGGUGGGAGAGAAUGAAUUACUUAAACAAGUCACACUCCUUGUGAAUUGGAUUCUGCUGGACAGCAUCAGCCUUUCUUCCAAAAAAUAUCUAAUUAUACAAAAUAUAUAUGUAGUUUUUUUUCCAUCUAAUAUCUGUUUUUUGGCUGUUUUUUUUUUGUUUGUUUGUUUGUUUUUUUUGCAUUUAUUUGGAUCAAUAAACCUAAUCCGACAGUUUAA